AUGGCUCUGAAUAAUCCCAACCCACUGGGACCAUGGAAGAUCACAAUUUAUGACCAGGAGAACUUUCAGGGGAAGCGUCUGGAGUUUACCUCAGCCUGCCAGAACAUCAUGGAGUGUGGCGUUAACAAUAUCUGCUCUCUGAAGGUGGAGUGUGGAGUCUGGGCAGGAUAUGAGCACUCCAGCUUCUGUGGACAGCAGUUUGUGUUGGAGAGAGGAGAGUAUCCUCACUGGGAGUCAUGGAGCGGCAGCAACGCCUACCACAUUGAGAGGAUGAUGUCCUUCCGCCCCAUCUGCUCAGCUAACCACAAGGAGUCCAAGAUGGUGUUGUUUGAGAAGGAGAACUUCAUAGGACGUCAGUGGGAGAUAAAUGAUGACUACCCGUCUCUGCAGGCCAUGGGCUGGGGCAACAACGAGAUUGGAUCUAUGCAAGUUCAGAGCGGCGCCUGGGUGUGCUACCAGUUUCCAGGUUACCGUGGUUACCAGUACAUCAUGGAGUGUGAUCGUCAUGGCGGCGAGUACAAACAUUACAGAGAGUGGGGCUCCCAUGCUCAGUCCUUCCAGGUGCAGUCGCUGCGUCGAAUCCAGCAAUGAGACCCGCGGCCUCCUUGCCCCACCUCUUACUCUUUACCAUUUCCACCUCCUCCUCUUCCUCCCCUCACUCAACCAUGGCAGCAUCCUCUGGUGCUUUACCAUCAAGAUGUUUUAGAACUUUCCUUUUGUUGUGUUGCCAAAUGAAAAUAGAGAGAAAUGAUGGGAGGAAUUAAGGAAAGUGAUAAAAGCCACUGAA